GCGUUUCCCUUCCUUCCUGACGAGUUUUUGGUGUUCGUCUUCCCUCCCGCGCCCGCGCCUUCUCGCUCGCGCGCCCGCGGGGACGCGGCGGCUAGGGCGAUGCAGCUGGUGGACGACGCCGACGGGGCCCUCGACUCGUGGGCCCGCUUCUGCGACCUCUCCGACGAGCUCUUCGGCGGCGCCGGCGACCUCUCGGCGGGCCCGCGCCUGGCCCCCGUCGUCGCGGACCUCUGCGCCCGCGGCCUCGCCGAGCUGCUUCGGGACCAAUUCAUCCGCUCCCUAGAGGGAAUAUUUAGAAGCAACGCGGUUAAGAAGUUCUGGCAGCAGUUUCAUCCUUAUUGCAAUUCCUCUGCAGUGGAAAGAAUUAAAUUCUGUGUUCAAGAAAACUGGCCUGAGGAUAUCUUAAGUAAAGCAUUGGAAGACAUAUGUUUGGAAAAGAAUUACCAGGAAAAGUGUGUUCUGGCUCUAGUUCAUUCUUUACAAUCUUAUGAGGAUAGGUCACCACACAGAAAAUCUAAAGCACUGGAUUGUAGUUCCAGCUUAAUGCCUAGGUACCAGUUAAUGGUAUCUUCAGUACUUCUGACAACACUACCAUUGAGUUUUCCUGAGAUAUUAAAUGUAUACUUCAAGAAGAAACUGGAAGAGUUAAAUAUCAUGAUGGCUGGAUUGGAUGGGAGCGAUCCAUUUGAUAAUCAUGAUCUUUUUGAAAGGAACAGUACCUCUGCUUGGCAUUCUGAAAUGGACAUUGAUGGUCAAGAACCUGGGAUUUCUGAAAGUAGAAAUUUGGUUAAGAACAUUGGAAAAGUUGUUCGUGAUCUAAGAUAUCUUGGUUUUACAUCAAUGACUGAGGACUCAUACUCUUCUGCAAUAAUCUGGCUUUUAAAGUCUAAAGUUCAUGAACUAGCUGGUGAUGAUUAUAGAAUUCCUGUACUUGGGUGUGUCAAAAAGUGGAUUCAGGCCGUUCCUCUUAAAUUUUUGCAUGCUCAAUUGACAUAUCUGGGGGACUCUCUUGACAAUGAAAGUGGAUCAUCUGGUCUCAAAUCACCUUUGGCCUCACGCCCUUCUUCCUUCCCUGGGAUUGGCGUUCCUUCAGAAGCCCUUGUGAGAUGGCACAUGCGCCUUGAGUAUUUUGCUUAUGAGACCUUGCAGGACCUGCGAAUUGGCAAACUUUUUGAAAUCAUAGUUGAUUACCCUGAGAGCUCUCCUGCCAUUGAAGACCUAAAACAGUGUUUGGAGUACACGGGUCAACAUUCUAAACUUGUUGACUCAUUUAUCUCAUCAUUGAGAUAUCGCUUGCUGACGGCUGGUGCAUCAACCAAUGAUAUAUUACACCAGUACGUGUCCACUAUCAAGGCAUUACGUACAAUUGAUCCCACUGGUGUCUUCUUGGAAGCAGUAGGUGAACCAAUUAGAGAUUACCUGAGAGGUAGAAAGGACACUAUCAAAUGCAUAGUAACAAUGCUCACUGAUGGAUCUGGAGGAAACGCGAACGGAACUGGAAAUGCUGGGGACAAUCUUCUGGAAGAAUUGAAUAGAGAUGCUGAAAACCAGGAAAAUGUUGAUUAUGAUGACCAUACGAACAUUGAUGAGAAGCAAGCAUGGCUAAAUGCUGAAAGCUGGGAACCUGAUCCUGUGGAAGCAGACCCAUUAAAGGGCAGCAGGAAUAGAAGGAAAAUUGAUAUUCUUGGACUUAUUGUCAGUAUAAUUGGGUCAAAGGACCAGCUAGUCAAUGAAUAUCGUGUAAUGCUGGCAGAAAAACUGCUCAAUAAAUCUGAUUUUGAUAUUGAUUCAGAUAUCCGCACGCUGGAACUGCUUAAGAUUCAUUUUGGGGAGAGCAGCAUGCAGAAGUGUGAGAUUAUGCUUAAUGACUUGAUUGACUCAAAGAGAACCAACUCAAAUAUUAAAACAUCUUUAUCAAAGACAUCUCAAACUGUAGGAACUGUGCAAGAGGAGACAGAAUUGUCUCAUGAGGUUCUUGACGCAACUAUAAUAUCCUCCAAUUUCUGGCCACCAAUUCAGACAGAAGACCUCACAGUUCCUGCUUCAGUUGAUCAGUUGCUGUCUGAUUAUGCAAAAAGGUUUCAUCAGAUAAAAACACCACGCAAGCUACUCUGGAAGAAAAAUCUUGGAACUGUCAAGCUGGAACUGCAAUUCGAGGAUAGGAGUAUGCAGUUUACUGUAGCUCCUGUCCAUGCUGCAAUCAUAAUGCAAUUUCAAGAGAAACCAAGUUGGACUUCAAAGACCCUAGCUACAGCAAUCGGAGUACCUGUGGACUCUCUUAACAGAAAGAUAAGUUUCUGGACAAGCAAGGGCGUCCUGACAGAAUCAGUUGGUCCAGAUGCGGAUGACCCCACAUUUACUGUUGUUGAUAGCACAUCUGAUUUUAACAAAAACAGCACCGUGAACCAACUCUCUGAAAGGUUUCAAAUUACUGAAGAGGAAGGUGAAAGUUCGAUUGCGUCUGUUGAGGAACAACUUAGGAAAGAGAUGACAGUUUAUGAGAAAUUCAUCAUCGGGAUGCUAACCAAUUUUGGAAGCAUGACACUGGACCGGAUACACAACACUCUCAAGAUGUUCUGCAUAGCCGAGCCAUCAUAUGAUAAAUCACUGCAGCAAUUGCAGAGUUUUCUUUCUGGUCUAGUGUCAGACGAAAAGCUGGAGAUGAGGGAUGGAUCAUACUUGCUAAGGAAGUAGGAGUUACAUGGAUUAGCCUGUUCAUCUGUUAGACUAGAUAUGGAAGGAACUGAAGAAUGGAGGCCCCAUCCUGCGCCAUUCACCUCACUGCGUGCAGUAAUAUUCUGCACUCGCUGUUUUGUUCCUUGCUGAGGGGAUGACGAAAGUAGAGAAGCACAGGAAUCCUAAAGCUUUUGAAUGUUGUUAUUGUGCGUAUAUUGCACUGUUGACGCUUGACGACGCUCUCAACGCGUUCGGUUGUUUUCCGACGUGGAUAAAUGCAUAUCUUUUCGGUCUGUAAAUGACAGAAAGAAAUUCAACCAGACUUCUUGGCAUUAAAUGGCAGGGGCAAUGGCCGGAAUGCCUUUUGGCUACUGGCACCCUUCGGUGUCAGCUUACUUAUCACUCGUGGCCGUGGGUUCGUCAACACGUGCGUGCAUUAUUCAAGUGUGGCCGUGCUUACACUUGACAAGUUGACAUGUUAAAAACAGUCAUCUCUGAAAAAAAAUUAUGAUGUUCAAUGA